AUGCCUAUUUGUUUUAUAUGUAAACAAUGGUUGUCAUCAAUUAAAAAUUUAAAUAAACAUUUUCAAUUUAAACAUUCAACACAUGACUUUUCUAUGUACACGUGUGUUGAAAAUGAUUGUAAUCGUUCUUUUCAUUUACUUAACUCUUUUAAAAAACAUUUAUCUACUCAUAUGAGUGAAACUCUAUCUCAUGAUAGUACUUCACCUUUAAUCAGUAAUACAUCGACGGUUGUAAAUAAUUGUACUUCAGUUUCUGAUUUUAUACUCCCAGUUAAUAAUUCCAACCCUCCAGCUUCGGUUACUGUUACAUGUUUUGAUAACCAAUCAAUUAUAGAAACUCAAUAUAGUAAUCUUAUAGCAUCAUUAUAUUCUAAUCCUCAAGUUCCUCGAAAUGUUGUACAAAGUGUAGUUGAAGGUGUUAAUGGUAUUGUGGGAGGUAUAAAAAACUCCUUGAUAAAUACUACUUCACAAUUACUCACAGAUGACAGUAUUUCUACUAACAUUUUUGAAAGCUUAAAUUUAAAAAUAAAUAAUAUUGAUAACAAUUUUACAUGUUUUAACUCUGAAUACAAACGUAUGAAAUAUUACACUGAUCUAGGCACAUUUAUUUUGCCACAAGAAAUUACUAUAGGAGAACGAUUAAAUGAAAAUAGAAAUAGAAAUAGUUUUACUAUUACUCCCACUAAUUGCACAGAACAGUUAGUUCCUCUACGCAAAGUUUUAAAAAAGUUUUUGGAAUUAAAAAAUGUAUUAUUAGACACUUUGGAGUAUAUGAAUAAAAUUAAAACUUAUGACACGAUUAUUGUUAAUUUUAUUCAGGGUAGUAUUUGGAAAAAAAAAAUGAAUAAUAAUAUAAAUCAACUUAUUUUACCAAUUUUUUUAUAUUUCGACGACUAUGAGGUGGGAAAUCCUUUAGGAAGUAAAUCUGGUGUACAUAAACUAGGGGCUGUUUAUUUGACUCUUCCCACAAUACCUAGCCAUCAACAAUCUUCUCUUAAAAAUAUAUUUUUGGCUUUAUUAUUCCAUUCAAGUGAUAGGUCGAAGUUUGGUAAUAAUAUAAUAUUCAAACCACUUAUUGACGAGCUAAAUUUUUUGAGAGAUAGUGGUAUUGAUAUUGAAAUUCCAAUGUUUAAAGGAAAUAUUAAGUUUGAGUUGGCAAUUAUUUUAGGAGAUAAUUUGGGCAUACAUAGUAUUACAGGAUUUGUAGAGAGUUUUUCAGCUAAUUAUCCAUGUCGUAUAUGUAAAGUUAGAAAAGAAGUCUUAAAAAAUCAAUGCUAUGCUAAUGAAUCUCUGACGAGGAGUGUAGAACAAUAUAAUUUAGAUGUGUUAGAAGGAGAUAUUAGUAAUAGUGGGAUUUCAGAAUCUUGCGUUUGGCAUGAUGUCCGAGGUUUUCAAGUUUUGGAUCAAACAGGGGUUGAUAUAAUGCAUGAUUUCCUCGAAGGUGUUUGUAAAUAUGAUUUAUCUUUUUUAAUCUCGAAUUAUGUACUUGAAUUAAAAAUGUUUUCUUUACAAGUACUUAACGAAAGAAUAUUAUUUUUUGAUUUUGGCCCAGAUAAAGGGAGCAAGCCAUCUGUGUUAAAUAUGGACCAUAUUAAAAAAUCAACAGUUAAACUUUCUGCUUCAGAGAUGAUGUCUUUUGUCAGAUAUUUUGGUUUAAUAAUAGGUGAUUUUAUUCCUCAAAAUGAUCCUGUGUGGGAACUUUAUAUUUUGAUGAGAAAAAUUUUUGAUAUACUAAUUUCAACUUCAUUUCAAAAAGGUUGCUCUGAACUCCUCCAAACACUUGUAGCAGAGCAUAAUGAAUUAUAUAUUAAGUAUAGUAAAUCUCAUCUAAAACCAAAAUUUCAUUAUUUAUUACAUUAUCAUUCUAUGAUGGACAAAUUUGGUCCUUUAAUUUUGUUAUGGUCUAUGAGGUUUGAAGCAAAGCAUCGCAUGUCUAAAGUAGCUGCAAACACUUCAAGUAAUCGUCGCAAUAUUUGCAAAACUCUUGCUAUUCGGCAUCAAUUACAGCUGAAUGGCAUAUUUAUUAAAGGAUCACUAGGUGAUGAAAUUGAAUUUGGCCCUUCUAUUGAAAUUAAUAAUGUUGACAGUAUUAUUAAUGAAAUCAAUAAAUGUAAUAAUAUCAAUACAACAAGUUCAUUAAUUAAAUAUGCAUGGAUUACUAUAAAAGGUUCUAAAUAUCAACCUAAAAUGGUAUUAACAUUAGAUAUUCAUGAAAAUCAUCACCCCAAGUUUGGUUUAAUAAAUUCUAUUUUUAUUUGUAAUGAUAAGAUAAUCUUAUUUCAAUGUUCACAACUUAACACCACAGAAUUUAAUGAACAUUUUUUUUCGUUUGAAGUUAGUGAAGAAAAUGGUCCUACAAUUUUUAUUUCAUAUGAUUCAUUACCAUCAUUUGUACCUAACAAUAUAAAUGUCAUAUCAAAUGGUAAAAGAUAUAUAACUGUUCGAGGUGGCCUUUAA